UUUCAGUUGCUUUGUGCCGUUUACAUGUGGAAGUAGGAAAGGGGGGGGGGUAGAUAUCCGGGUUUUUAAGGGGGGUAUAGCCACCGAAAGAGCGAGAGCUGCUGUGAUGAAGCCGGAGGGAAUAUAAAGCCUUCGUCUCUCCUCCGCGAUGACUACGCUCUGUUUCUAGGUGUCUAGGCCACCGCCAGAAAUAGUUGGGCCUGUUUCUGCCCCCCCCCAGCCCCCCCAGCCCUCCCCCCCACCGCACCAAACCCGCCUUUCCAACCUCAACACAUCGAUACACCUCCUCAGCCUUUACCUCUCCCCUGUGGGACCCCCCCUGCUUAUCCCACCUUUCCCACCGAACCACUCUCUUGGAUGAGCCCAACUGCAAGUUAUCUUUGGCUUGCCAACCUGUUCUGCUUGGUGUCAAAAGUAGGACAGUCAGCGGCUGUCAAGCACUAACAAAGGAACGCAAAAAGGCUUCCGGAACACACGCAAAAGCGCAGGCGGAUAAACAAAGACAAGAAAGCAUCGGACUGCCUAUCAAAAACAUCAAAAUACAUUUUGCCUAACGAGAAAACGCCUGGAAUAUCGGAAGUGCACAGAUUAACUAAGCCGAAAUGUGUCGUCACGUUCAUCAGUUUGAGACGCUUAAACAGAACUGACACAAGGAAGGAAAGAACCGGAAAAAAAUCUGUGUUGUACAGACAGAAAUGAAGAAUGGAUGGAUUCUCCGAUUAGCUUGACAUGCUCGCUUAUGUUGCCCCUAAGACCAGCUGGUUACUCUACCCAGCUAAUGCUAAGAGUUACUGACUCUAGUUGGGGAUGAGCCGACCAACACAUAGGCCCGCUGCUACUGACGUGUGAGACACAUACACAGUUUUCCAAAAUAAGUGCAGUUGUAGAGAGAGGCCGGGAUUAUAACCUAGUUCCGGCUGGUGCACUCCCAGGAAGCCCUCUAGAACAACUCAAGCGUCUCUUAAGUCGCGGUGCACUCCCUCCGGUUUCAAGAUGAUGUGCGAGGUCAUGCCCACCAUCUCGGAGGAUGGGAGAGGUGGGGGGGGGGGCUCUUCCUCUCCCGCAGGGGGUGGGGUGGGGGCCGGUGCCGGCAGUGGGAUGGGGACCAUGGGAGGCGGUUAUGGUGGCCGGGAACCAAGAGGGGACGAGGGAGGCAGCACCGGCAACCUGGAGUCUCUGAUGGUGAACAUGCUGACGGAGCGCGAGCGGCUUCUGGAGAGCCUGAGGGAGACGCAGGACAGCCUGGGCACGGCACAGCUGCGCCUCCGCGACCUGGGCCACGAGAAGGAGUCACUGCAGAGGCAGCUUUCCAUCGCCCUGCCACAGGAGUUUGCGGUGCUGACCAAAGAGCUGAAUUUGUGCAGGGAGCAGCUGCUGGAGCGGGAGGAGGAGAUUGCGGAGCUGAAGGCCGAGAGGAACAACACGCGGCUCCUGCUCGAGCACCUGGAGUGCCUGGUGUCCCGGCACGAGCGCAGCCUGAGGAUGACCGUGGUGAAGAGGCAGGCCCAGUCACCCGCCGGGGUCUCCAGUGAAGUGGAAGUGCUCAAGGCCCUUAAGUCACUCUUUGAGCACCACAAGGCGCUGGACGAGAAGGUUCGAGAGCGACUCCGGGUGGCCCUUGAGAGAGUGUCUGUUUUAGAGGAAGAACUGGAGACUUCUACACAAGAGGUCCACUCUUUGCGGGACCAAAUUAAAAGACGACAGCAAGGGCUGGAUAACGGGAAAGAGAUACUGCCUAAUGGGCCCUCGGUUCUUGAUGACAGAGAGGUAGACAGACAGAGAGAAGGAGAGAUUGAACGGCAGAGAGCUGAACUCUCCCAGUUGAAAGAGAGGCUCGCUCUGAUGUGUAGACAGGUGGGGGAAAUCGAGGAGCAGCUUGCUGCUGCCCGGAGGGAGGUAACCAAAACAGAGGAGGCCAAUCAAAAGCUCCAGAGGGACGUAAAGGAGGCGCUCUGUCAGAGGGAGGACAUGGAGGAGCGAAUUACCACAUUAGAACGCAGAUACCUCAGUGCCCAGAGGGAGGCAACCUCUCUCCAUGACAUCAAAGACAAGCUUGAAAACGAGCUGGCGAGCAAAGAGUCGCUUUACAGACAGAGCGAGGAGAAGAACAGGCAACUGCAGGAGCGGCUAGAUGACGCCAAGCAGAAGCUGCAGCAGACGCUCCAGAGAGCGGAGACGCUGCCAGAGAUCGAGGCCCAACUCGCCCAGCGAGUGGCAGCGCUCAAUAAGGCGGAAGAACGCCAUGGCAACUUCGAAGAGCGGUUGCGACAGAUGGAGGCACAACUGGAGGAGAAAAAUCAGGAGUUGCAGAGGGCACGGCAGAGAGAAAGAAUGAACGACGAGCACAACAAGCGGCUAUCUGACACAGUGGACAAGCUCCUGUCCGAAUCCAACGAGAGGCUGCAGCUUCACCUGAAAGAGAGAAUGGCAGCUCUUGAAGAGAAGAAUGCUCUUUCAGAAGAGCUGGCAAACAUGAAGAAGAUACAGGAUGAUCUUCUAGCAAACAAGGAUCAGCUCAUAGCUGAACUAGAGAGACUUCAAACUGAACUUGAUCAGCUGAGGGGAAGGCCCAGUUCAACCUACUCCAGGUCUCUUCCAGGAAGUGCACUUGAACUGAGGUUCCCCCAAGGGACCGGUGCUCUCCCAGCUGGUUCAACCACGCACCUGGAUCACUAUGGCAAUGCAGCCUCAGGGGGCGUGGUUAGGCGGACUCACCGCGGGCGAUGGGGUCCAACCAGGGAGGAUGCCAGCAAGUAUGGGGAGUGGGAUAGCAGCAAUCUGCUAGCACCUGGGUUCGAAGGCGGCGUUGAGGGCGGCUGCUCAGAUGACGAGGAGGACAGAGAGACGAUCUUUGGCUCAGAGCUCCUCUCCCCCAGUGGACAGACAGAUGUGCAGACCCUGGCCAUUAUGCUACAGGAGCAGCUGGAGGCCAUCAACAAAGAGAUAAAACUGAUUCAGGAGGAGAAAGAAAGCACAGAGCUAAGGGCGGAAGAGAUCGAGAGCAGGGUCAGCAGCGUUGCUCUGGAUGGGCCUCCAAUUCCUCCGAACUCAUUGGGUGGAGGGAGAGAUGGGAGUGGGAGGGGCUUCAUUCCAUCAUCUCUCACCUCCUCCACUCUGGCCUCCCCUUCACCGCCAAGCUCUGGACAUUCAACACCCCGAUUGCCUCACUCUCCUGCCCGAGAGAACGAGAGACAGAACAACAAGGAGGAGGAGAGGUCGCUGGCCCUUGUGGACUCCACUCCUCCCCCCACUCCUCGAGCUCUCCGAUUGGACAGGAUGACUCACACACACCCGGGUGCUGGCCUUGAUGACCAUCGGGAGUUCCGCAGCCUCUCAGCUGACGGCAGCGGCUCCAACAGCAGCCAAGACUCCCUCCACAAAUCUAGCAAGAAGAAAAGCAUUAAGUCUUCCAUCGGUCGCCUCUUUGGCAAGAAAGAGAAAGGGAGGAUGGGCCAGCCGGGACGGGAAUCUGUAUCCCUGGCCUCAACACCCUCUGAUGAUGUCAGCUCUGCAGAUCCUCUCGGCCUGACCAAACUCACUGGAUCCGUGGACAAGGACCGGCGUAGCAAGAAGAAGCACGAGUUACUGGAGGAGGCCUGUCGCCAGGGUCUCCCCUUCGCUUCCUGGGAUGGACCGACUGUGGUGUCCUGGCUGGAGCUGUGGGUGGGCAUGCCUGCCUGGUAUGUGGCGGCAUGCAGGGCGAAUGUUAGGAGUGGCGCGGUCAUGGCCAACCUGUCGGACACGGAGAUCCAGCGGGAGAUCGGCAUCAGCAACCCGCUGCACCGACUCAAGCUGCGGUUGGCCAUCCAGGAGAUGGUGUCCCUGACCAGCCCCUCAGCCCCCGCCAGCACGCGAUCUUCGACUAGUAACGUGUGGAUGACGCACGCGGAAAUGGAGUCUCUCACCGCUGCCACGAAGCCUGAGCUGAAGGAGAUAAGCUGGGAUCAGAUUCUGGCCUAUGGGGACAUGAACCACGAGUGGGUGGGAAACGAGUGGCUCCCUAGCCUGGGUCUGCCCCAGUACCGCAGCUACUUCAUGGAGUCCCUGGUGGACGCCCGUAUGCUGGACCACCUGACCAAGAAGGAGCUGAGGGGCCAGUUAAAGAUGGUGGACAGCUUCCACAGGGUCAGCCUGCAUUACGGCAUUAUGUGCCUGAAGCGUUUAAACUAUGACAGGAAGGAGCUGGAGAGAAGAAGGGAGGAGAGCCAGCACCAGAACAAAGAUGUGAUGGUAUGGUCAAACGAGCGGGUCAUGUGCUGGGUGCAGUCCGUGGGUCUGAAGGAGUUUGCCGACAACCUGAGGGAGAGUGGGGUGCACGGGUCACUGCUGGCCCUUGACGACACCUUUGACUACACGGACCUGGCCCUAUUGCUGCAGAUCCCCAACCAGAACACACAGGCCCGACAGCUCUUGGAGAAGGAAUACAAUGCACUCAUUUCCGUGGGAACGGAGAGGAGGCCAGAUGAGGAUGGCACAAAGACAUUCUCCCGCUCGCCCUCAUGGAGGAAGAUGUUCAGGGAGAAGGACCUUAGGGGAGUCACGUCCGACUCCUCUGAAACACUGCCGCCCAACUUCCGUGCCUCGGCCAUUUCUACGCCAUCAGUGACCCUGAGGAAAGUCCAGAGUGAGGUAAAUUCUGGGUCCAGAGGGGAGUCGGGAUCAGUGCGGACUUACUCCUGCUGAGGAGCAUGAUGUGGGCCAGUGGAUUUUGGAUUUGAUUAAUUUCAGAAAAAAACACAAGACAAAAAUACGAAAAAAAAACAUGAUACACGUGGACAGUUCUGCAAUAAUAGAGUCACAGAGAGAAAAUUUAAGAGAGCUCCUGGAAGCAAGCACGAUUAGUUCGAGUAAAUAUCUUGAAGAUACUGAAGAUGACAAAGGAGGCUAUUUCAUUGAAUGGGUGGAUGGAUUUCAGCAUUUCAGUUUGGUCUGUUUUUCUCGUCGUCUGGAUCUACCAUUGUACUGUGAAGCUGUAUGUCGGUAUAGAGACUGAUAUCAUGUUGGCUAAGUGAUGUCAUCUUUACUUAGCUGUCAACAGAAGGAGGCUUGCUCAUGUGUAGGCCAGAAAAAACAGGCACUAUUGCUCAAGAAGUCAGUGCAGAACAUCAUGAUGCAAGCCCACUUUUGGGUGACCAUGAUUCUUGAUUUUUUUUUUUUUUUUUUUUUUGUUAUUCAGCCAUAAGCUGGAACCAACAAGUGCUUCUGUUUUCGGGCCAGAAGUUGCCCAUAGACAUAAACAGCAGUGUUUGUGUGUCACAACAGGGAUGGUAUGGUGUUUACAGUAAGUGUGUAUGCAAGUGUACUGUGGUGUGCUUUUGUUAAUGAGGUUAGUUUAUCGUGUUCUCCUACAAACGUGCAAAGUGCACAUUUGGUUCACCUGUAUGAGCACAGUUCAUUGAAGAGUAUCAGCGAUUGUCCACUGCCAGUGGUUAUGCCAGGGAAUGUAGUUAGACAAAGGGUUGCCACCUGUCUUCCCAGACACAGACUGUCGACAAGCAGAGGGUCUGGGUACGAAUGAGAGGUGGGAACCUUAGAUGGCGAGAUGAAGCAUCUAGUAAUCGCUGAUGAUUUGUCUGCAGAAACAUGAACCAAGCAAGGAAGGUGUACAGGUACCGAGAAAAGCAGCACGCAAGAAACAACGAGAAAUCGCAGUGAGUGGGAUAAUGGAGCAGAGGAAGGAACAGAUUCAGUAGGAGUAGAGUGAACAGCGUAACAAAACAAGUUUAACAUCUGUGUUAAAAUGCAUGACAAAACAACAGUGAAUUUAACUUUAAAGAGAGAAGACAAAAUAAAUAAAAAUAAUUACAUGAGAUUAAAGGUAGGGUAAGGAGUUUGUAAAAUGUGUGUUUUUUAUUUUUAUGAUGACUAUUUAUCUGUAUGUAUUUAUGUAUUGAAUACCUGUAUGUAAAUGUUAAUUUAUUACAUUAUUUUGAUUGUAACUUUAUUUAGUUUAAAAAAGUAAAUACAUUUGAAAAAUGGACAGUAAAAAUAUGCUACUUGUAUGUGUAAAUUUUGAGAACAUAUUGUGUUAUGAUUUAAAAACAGAAAAAAUGAACAGCUAUAACAAAUUAUGAGAAGAUGAUAAAAAUUAAGAUGAUUAUGGUAAUGAGAAAAAAUAAAACACAAAUUGUACAUUA